AGAGAUCUGAACGCGGAAGUAAUCCAGAAAUUCACUUGCAUGUGUCUUUACUCCUGUUUUACUAUUUCCCUCUACGAUUCGUGCUUUAUUUUGUCGGUUAAUCAAAACGGUAGUGACAGACAACGAUGCGGCGGUCGACGUGGACAGAUAAUGUGCGUUUAUGAGCAGAGAGACGGCGGAUAUCCAGAGGGUCAAUGGACGCUAGGACUUGAAGUGCUGCUGUUUUGACAGCUGGAUUGAGCCUCGGCUACCUGCCUGUCUGUCUGCCUGACGUUCAGGAAGAGCUGUCGAGAACAGACAGAUAUUUAGGGAUUUCUUUUAUGUUCAAGCAACUGUCUGCGUGUUUGCACUUGCUUUUAAAUCGCCAUUAACAAGAAAGGAAAGCUCCCCACCGACCCGUGGCCAUGGCUUCAUCGCAGCUGAAGUACCUCUCUCUGGGGGUGCUGGUGUUCCAGACCACCUCCCUGGUGCUUACUAUGCGGUACUCCCGCACUCUGCAGAGCGAAGGCCCCCGGUACCUGGCCUCCUCAGCUGUGGUGGUGGCCGAAGUCAUGAAGAUCAUCACCUGUGUGCUGCUUGUCUUCAAGGAACACAGUUACAGCAUGCGGGCUCUGAACAGCAUCCUACGUCAGGAAAUUGUUCACAAACCCAUAGAAACACUGAAGCUGGCGAUCCCCUCAGGGAUCUACACGUUGCAGAACAACCUGCUGUACGUCGCCCUGUCCAACCUGGACGCGGCCACCUACCAGGUGACGUACCAGUUGAAGAUCCUGACCACUGCUCUGUUCUCUGUGUCCAUGCUGGGCCGCAGGCUGGGCGUGUACCAGUGGCUGUCUUUGCUGAUUCUAAUGGCAGGAGUGGCACUUGUGCAGUGGCCUUCUGAGUCUGCUGGGACCCCAGAGAAGGAGGCCCCGUCUGCAGGCUCCCAGUUCGUCGGCGUCACAGCAGUGCUGGUGGCAUGCUGCUCCAGCGGGUUCGCUGGCGUCUACUUUGAGAAGAUUCUCAAGGAGAGUAAACAGAGCGUCUGGGUCCGCAACAUCCAGCUAGGGAUGUUCGGCCUGGUGUUCGGCCUCUUUGGGAUGUUGGUCUACGAUGGGGAGAGGGUGAAGGAGUCGGGGAUGUUCCAGGGAUACAACACAGUCACCUGGACUGUCGUGGCGCUGCAGGCGCUGGGUGGUCUGGUUAUAGCAGCGGUCAUCAAGUAUGCAGACAACAUCCUCAAGGGCUUUGCUACAUCGCUAUCCAUCAUCCUGUCAACUCUCAUAUCGUACUUCUGGCUGCAGGACUUCGACCCCACCAGUGUGUUCUUCCUCGGGGCCAUUUUGGUCAUCGUGGCCACUUUCCUGUACGGCUACGAAGGCAAGCCGUCCCCCAACCCCAGCAGGGCGUAGGACGCUCACGGCUGACCCUACGGCAGCAGUAGGAGGUCGUGUUGAAGCGUCAGGUGUGGAGGAGAAAGGAGGACAGAGGGGAAAAAGAAGGUGAAAGGUCCUCAAUAUAUGUUGAGGCUUAAAAAAAAAUUUAAAAAAAGGAGGAGGAGAAGGAAGUGAGAAGGAGGUAAGCCGGCUGGAAACAGAGAAAGGUUAUAAACAGCAACGCUGUGAUGAGUUUCACACCAAAAGUGCCUCAGCUGAGAAGGAUAAGCAAUGAGAAAAGAAAAACAGGACAGUGUGCAUUUCUUUUCUCCUAUUAUUACCGUUAUAGAGAGCAUCACGGCUGUCACACCUGCAGAGAUCCCUGGCUGGGCCGAUUGUGUUCACAGAACUGGUUUGACCGCCAGAUACUAUUACCACCAGUCACACCUAUUCAAUAAAAUGUUCAAAGAGGCAGACAGACAGGCAGGGAGCUGAUCAUCCCCUUUGGUAAACACAAACUGUAGACAUGUUCACUUUAGAGUUCCAGUAUUUAACCAUCACAUUCUGGCCUCCCUAAGCACAUUUCAGAACCUGAGAUGGGUUAGUAAAAAGCUGUGUACAACAGGUCUGCAGGCUCUGACAGUCCAUGAGUCAGGUUAGGUGUAGUACUCAUGCUUACUUGUACAAUGCUCAAGAAGCCUGUUUGCCUGACGGGUACAAAAAAACCUAAAAAAAAAAAAAAAAAAAAACCUUAGACUAUGGUAGCAGCAGUGACCAUAACUAGUAUUGCUUGAUAAAUGAUGGCUUUCUGUUCAUUUUGUUGUACUAUUUUUGGAAGCCGUUUUUGUUGCCAAGCAACAUAUAGCCGCUCUUAUAACAUAUACAGUGCGUCUCAGUGAUGGGACCGUUGAGCUGUGCGGCUGGUUGGACGGUUAUAUGUAUGUAUGUAUGAAUAAAACGCUUCAGAAAUAGAUUAAUCUGACACUGUAAAAACUAUCGGAAGAUAUUGAUUUCUGAAGCGAAAAGUUACUCUGAUUUCGUGUGAGCUGAUUUUUGUAUAUCCUGGUGUAAAUAAUAGCACCGUUUAAACUGUAAUCUGUGAGUCUAAAUGAAUGAUCUGUUUAAAUUAUUCAGUAAUUAGACUGGAGUUUGCAAACAUCCACUGGCGAUGAUCGUCCUCCAGCUUCUUAUUUCCUCUCCUAGUGGAAAUAUUCUUUUCAUUUCUGUCGAGGAUCAGAGUUACUGAGUGUGGCUGAACUGUCGAUACUGAUUCUGUCUGUGAUUCAUUGGAUGUAACCUUGGACUGUUUGAUUUUAGUGGCGUGUUUUUUUUUUUUUUGUUUUUUUGUUUCUUCUGGAGCUACAUUCUUCUUGGGAUAAAGCGGGUAUAAUUAAUAACUUUAUUAUUUUAAUUUCCAGUAUGUGAAUCUUUUAUAAAACAAAUGUUUAACUUAA